AUGCCAGAAGAGACUAAAAGAAAUCAAAAAGGCAAAAAUGAAUCUAAAGAACAGAGAAAGAAACGCCAGCCUCGGCACCAAGCUGGUCCAGUUGAGAAAAAGCAAGAAAAGGAACCUGAGAAACAAAAAGAAACACCAAAGGCCCCAGAAAAACCAGCAUACCAGCCACCCGGCCCUGAAUUCUACCAAGGCCUUAAAAGGGAAACAGAUGAAAUACUAAAAAUUACCGAAGAAGAGAACAGUAAGUACAAGAAAAAGGAAAUUCAGAGCAACUGGGCUAAAUAUGAGAUGCCGAUCGAAAGUUAUGAAGCUAUGGAUGAACAGGAAAAUCUUGGAGCUGAUUACGAGACUCUGAUUCAAGCACCGCUAUCAGUGGGAACACAUUUUCAAUUCAAACAUGAGAAAUCAUGGGAUGUUACAUCCAGCCCCUCGCCAUAUGAAACAUAUUUCGACAUUGAUAUGGGCGACCUUGUUAUAGCAUUGUCUACUAUACCAUUCUAUGAAAGGACUAACAUUGACAAAUCUGUCUUCACUGCAAGUGAUUUCCAAAGCAUGGACCACAGAGCGAUGAAAUAUAAACAGAAAUAUUAUAAAGACAAUAAAUAUAACACACCAGACUUGGACACCCAGAAUAGUAUUAUAAACAAAUUGUGUGAGAAAAACGAAGAAAAUACAACAUCAAGUGAAAAUAUUGAAAUUAGUAAUGAAAAAAUUAAUGAAGAUAAUGUAUUGAGAUUUAAAGAUUCACUUGAUACCAAUGGUCAUCCUGUAGAUAAUAAAGUAGAUAAAAAAUUAGAAUUAAAUAUAAAUAGUAAUGAAGAUAUAAAUAUUAUCAAACCUAAAGAAAUUGAGAAAUUGAAAACUACAACUGAAAUAUUAAUAAAACCUAAAAUCAUUAUGGAACCAAAAGGGGAUGAUCCAAUGAUUGAUAAUGAUGAUUUUGAUAACAAUUUAUUAGCUUCUACUAAUGAUGAAAUUGUAAAGAAAUCUGUUAAAGAAAUUCCUGUUAGUAAUAUAUCGGAAGAUAGACCUCAAGAGACAUUACAAAUCCAAAAAGAAUCAAAAAAUCCAAUCAUAGAAUCUCCAGAGGACUUGGAAAAAUGGCUUGAUGAUUUCUUAGAUGGUUAA